AUGCAUCCGUGGGGAAAAGGAUAUGUUAUCUUUCAAUUUCAAUGCGAGGACGACAAGGCAGCAGUGUGGCGAAGAUCACCCCUUAGGGUUGGUGAUCAGGUUAUUCGAUUUCAACAUUGGAAGCCUGAUUUCAAUAUUCAUGAGAAGCAAUUCUUUACAAAACUUGUAUGGAUACGUUUUCCAGAUCUUCCGCCAGAAUAUUGGCACGAAAAUGUCCUAGUAUCUAUUGCAAAGGUGGUAGGGCGCCCUGUUGCCUUAGACAGACAAACAAGACAAGGCCUUCUCAGCUAUUUUGCGAGGGUGCUGGUGCAGAUUGACAUCGCUGACUUGGCAGUGAGGGUGGAGGAAGUUCAGGUCGAGAGAUUUGAACCAGGAACCUCUCAGGUAUACGGUUUUUGUCAAAAGGUUGUAUAUGAGGAUAAUGUGGAACGCUAUGCCCAUUGCAAGCGAGUAGGCCAUUUGAUUUCCAACUGUAGGUUGAAGAAAUUGGAUGACGAAAAGCAAUGUGCGGAUGAGAAAUUGGCUGAGGUUCCAGGGGCAAUAUAUGUUGAAGAAGACGGAGUUGACUCAACCAGGGCCAACUCGGUGGGUCGGCUCUCUCCUAUUUUGGAAGGAAAUCAACAAGAGCAUUCUCAGCAUUCUCCUCAUAAUGGAAAGGAUGAGAAUGGUAUCAUUCUUUCCGUGAAUAACUCUCCCCAUUUUCCUAAUAUGGAAGAAGGAGAGAUUCAAAUUGAUUUGGACUCUACCAUUUCAAAUCUCCCCAAUUUAGUAAAGAAUGGAUUGGCACAAGAGGAUGUGGAUAUGAACAAUUAUGUGAGUCAGCAUGAUGUGGACUGGUCCAGCUCUGAGACCGGCUCAGAAUAUGGGUCUCUCUCAGACCAAGAUGAUGAAGAGGAGUGUGAAUUGAACCAAAAUGGGAACCUGCCUAUCUCUAAAAGAAUACAAUAA